AUGGACACAAAUCCUGCGAAACGAAGAAAAGUAGACCACCACGAGUCCCGCGGUCCUGUCGCAAAUGGCAACGCCGCUCUGGAUGCCGUCGCCCAGGCUGGCACUGCCCGAUCAAGCACCUUCGUUCUGCAGACACAAGAGCUCCUGCGCGAAGUUCGAUUGGACUACAAAAAGACUUUUUCCGGUGCCGACGAGCUCUUGCAUCGCAUCAAGUCCACCCUAGAAGCUACCAAGCCUCAUGACCUUACUCCUAUACACCAGGCAUCCAAGAGCCUCGAAACGAAACAUGGUCUGGUCGUGCCCUUUCCCGAGCCUCGGCCGCCCCAAGACUCGCAUUACAAGGUCUCGUUCGCAGCUCCGACCCAGUUCAAUGUUGUCGGGAGCUACGUCUCCAAGACAAUGGUCAAGUCGCAAAGCAGUCAUGCUAUCGACAUGAUUGUCGAGAUGCCCAAAGAAAUCUUCCAGGACAAGGACUACCUCGACCUCAGAUACUUCUACAAGAGGGCCUAUUACCUGGCCGUCCUGACUGCCUCCAUCCGGAACGAGCUUGGCUCCUCGGUUGUGUUUGCCUACGAGCACUGCAACGGAAACCGCCUACUUCCUGUUCUCAACCUGACUCCUCAGGGCUCGCCCAGCAGAUACAGCAUACGAAUCAUCCCGUGUGCACCAACGGGUUGGUGUCCCAUCCGGAAGCUGUUGCCCACGGCUUGUUGCAUUCGGACCGCCCCAGUCGCCGAGGAAAGCCCCAGAACCCCAACGCCUUACUACAACUCCACCUUGAAGGCCGAGAGCUGCUAUUCUUCCCAUCUCAAGGUCCUCCGCCAGGCAGAGAAGGCGUGUCCGGCAUUCAAGGAUGCCUGUAUUCUGGGGCGUGUCUGGCUACUUCAACGCGGUUUUGGGGGCUCGCUUUCCAGGGGCGGGUUCGGUCACUUCGAAUGGGCCAUCCUGACUGCCCUCCUCUUAAAAAGUGGAGGCCGGAAAGGGGCUGCGGCACUGUCUGCCUCGUUCAGCUCUACUCAGAUUUUCAAGGCCGUAGUGCAGUAUCUCGCCGCUGUUGACCUUUGUCGCAAGCCUCCUGUCCUCGGCUCCUCUAGCGACGGUCGGGAUGCUUUGAAUGACCCUGGACCGGUCAUUCUUGAUGCAGCUCGGCAGCUCAAUCUGGCUUAUAAGAUGAGUGCUUGCUCUGCAUUCACUUUGCAGCAACAUGCCAGGUGGACGCAAGCAUCGCUGGCUGAUCAAGAUGCUGACCAGUUUAACCCAACCUUUAUCAUCAAGGCUGAUCUUCCUCUUCACAGCUAUGACGCUGUCGUCCAGAUUGCGCAACCAACAGGCACAGAUGCACGCAAUACUGGCGAUUAUGGAAGUGCCGCUGCCCAAUUUGGGGAACAGGCUGUGGCCAUCCUGAGGAGAGCGUUGGGCGACAGGGUGGAACUCAUACAUGUGAAGAGUGCCGACAGUUCAGAUGAAGCUGCCUGGGAACUCACCUCCUCGCCUUUUCUGGGUCCCUCAACCUUGCUAGUGGGGGUGCUGUUCAACACGGCCAACAUGGCGCGCCAAGUCGACCAAGGUCCAUCAGUCGAAGAAAAACAGGCCGCCAAGGAAUUCCGUAAAUUCUGGGGUCAAAAGGCCGAACUUAGACGUUUCAAGGACGGCAGUAUCCUGGAGAGCUUGAUCUGGACGCAGGCUACCCCACUUGGCCUCUGGGAAGAGAUCACCCGUCUCGAGUUCUACGGGGCCGGCUUCCCAGUAAUCAUUCCCAUCAAAGCAUCAGACACGCCCGCGUUCCAGGCUGCUACGGAGGCCUUCGCCGUUUUCGAGGCAGAUCUGCGCGAACUUAGCCACCUUCCCCUCCAGAUCAGACAGGUUCGCGCGGCGGCGCCCGAGAUGCGGUCUGCGUCGGUGCGGCCGCCAUCUCUGAGCACCUCGAAGGCCGCAACGCUGCCAAUGGACGCUGUGGUCUACUUUGAGGCCUCGGGCAAGUGGCCUGAUAAUCUCGCCGCUAUACAGCGCACAAAAAUUGCCUUUCUUCUUAAGAUCGGCGAGCUCCUGACCGAGUCCAAGCCCGAAGUGGCAUGCCGCGUCGGGCUGGAGGAAGCAGAAACAGAAACAGAGAACCUGGCCUUCUUAGACGUAACGUAUGAGGGGGCCGCCUCAUUCCGUCUGAGGAUACACAGUGAUCUUGAAGAGAGCCUGUUAGAGAGACGAACCAUGGAUAAAACUCUUGACCAGCGUGUGCGUACCCAAGGCGCCCAGCUGCAUGCCUCCUUCAAGCGCCUGUAUACACAUCUCCCCCGCCACACGCAGACCAUGUCGAUACUCUGCACUCGGUUCCCUGCCUUGUCCCCCACGAUCAGGCUGGUCAAACACUGGUUCAACUCCCACAAGCUCUCGUGCCACUUCCUGGAGGAAUUGGUGGAGCUGCUCGCCUUGCGCGUCUUUCUGGAGCCCUACCCGUGGCAAGCGCCAUCGAGCGCGAUGACGGGGUUUCUGCGGACGCUGCAAUUCUUGUCCAGGUGGGACUGGCGGUUGGAACCGCUGGUUCUGGACUCGACCGGGGAGCUGAUGGGCUCUGAGCGGGCCGCUGUCGCUACUCGGCUCGAGGCCUGGCGCAAGAUCGAUCCAGGUAUGAGUCACACGACGUUGGUUGUAGCCACGUCCAACGAGACCUCUGGCACCGCCUAUACCAUCCACGAUGGGCGUCCCAUGCCUUCAAGAGUCGUUGCCUCCCGUUUAACCACUCUAGCCAGAGCAGCGUGCAAGCUUGUCAAAGACAAGAGCAUCGAAUUGGACCCAAGAACACUCUUCCAGCCCUCUCUCAAGGACUAUGAUGUCCUGAUUCGCUUGCACAGCAAGGCCGUCAAAAGAGCCGCUGACCCCGACGAUACCGUGAAACAAUCUCAGUUCAAAAACUUGGAUGGCCGGACAGGGCGGACAAUACAGCCUGCGUUGUCGCAUCCCGCCAGAACUCUUCUGACGCAGUUGAACAGCCUUUUCUCUGGGCCGCUCCUCUUUUUCCACGGGGCACCGGAAGACACGGUCGUGGCUGCAAUCUGGAACCCUCAGGUACAACGGCGCACAUUCAGGGUCAACCUGCCUUGCUCAUACAAACCCGCGGCACGCGAAGACGAGGGGGGGGCUGGUACAAGUGGCGAGCAUGUUGAUGUCAACCGUGAGGCAAUUCUUGCUGAAGUCGCCAGAAUAGGCGGGGAUCUCAUUGAGGCAAUCGAACGUGUGAAGUAG